AUGAAAGCCCGCAAAGUGACACAUAUGAAAUUGACUGGGCUUCCUCGCUCAAACGCUCAGUUCCUCUGCGCUACAAUCAACUAUGAAUGGGAUGCCGGCACAUCUGAGGGUGGUUCUAUUGAAAAGUGUUACACUGAAGAAAUGGUCUCGGUUCUGUCUAUGGCUAUGGACAACGCUGAGGGCGACUUGGUCAUCCUCCCAGUGAGCGAACUCCGUGUUCGGGACACGAAGUUGUGGCUGACCUCUAAGGAGAAAGUGGAGGAGCUCACCUAA